AUGAACUUUGGCGCCCCGUGGGACAGCCUGAAAAAGUCGAUUCCACAGGUGCCUGAUGCACUCCUCCACAUCCUGAAGAGCCGCUUCAGCUUCACAAACAUGACACCAGUCCAGGAGUGCGCGAUUCCCUUGCUCUGUCAGCAUAAGGAUAUAGCAGCCCAAGCCGAGACAGGUUCCGGCAAGACGUUUGCGUACCUAGUUCCGAUCAUUGUUUCACUGAUUGAAAAGAUCCCGCGCCUUCUGGACGUAGAAGAUGAAUCUCUAAAUGAAUCUGAUCCGCGGUCUGGCUAUAUCCACGCCUUGAUCGUUGCUCCGACGCAGGUGCUGGCACAGCAAAUUUACGACGUUCUCAUACAGAUCAUAUCCCGCCAUUACGUGCUGCUCUUGAUAGGAGGCACGGAUGCACCAAUAGAUCAGGCUAGUGGCUCUCUCCUAGACAGACCUUUGGUUGUUGCCACUCCCGGCCGGCUCAGGUACUACUUGGCCGACGGCCUCGUUUCUCUCAAGGAUUUGGAGAUUCUUAUCAUCGACGAAGCAGAUCAGGUGAUUGUGUCGAAGGACUUCCCCUAUAUCCGAGCAAAGCUUCCAUCGCAGCGCCGCACGGGCCUUUUCAGUGCAACGUUUGAUUCUGUGACGGAGGCAGACCUUGCACUCCUUAUGCGCAACCCUCACGUUGUCAAGCUAUAUAAUGCAGCCAAAGAGCAGGACAUGUAUAUCGUCCCACAGAACCUCGUUAUGUGGUAUAAGGUGGUUCCGUACGAGCAGAAGCUCUACAUGCUGCUGAGACACAUAAACGCUCUGCGUUCGCAACACAAAGCGGAUAGCCCUAAGAAGCUUAUCGUCUUUUUUAUGACGUGCUCUAUGUCCCAGUAUAUGAGCUUCGCAUUCACGCACAUCUUCGAGCUAUUACCUGACCAGCAGGUGGGAAUCUAUUGCUUCAACGGCAAGCAGUCGCAAGAAACGAAGAUCAAAAACUAUAACUCGUUCCUUGCCGAUACGCGGUUCGCUGUGCUUUUCACCACUGACAUCUCGGCCCGUGGUCUUGACAUUAGCGACAUCAGUCAUGUUCUGCAAUUCGACCCGCCAAAGCUUAUUGCCACAUACACCCAUCGCGCCGGUCGUACAGCGCGCUGCUAUCGUAGCGGAGACGCGGGCAUCUUUUUAGGCCUCGAGGAGAUUGGAAUUGUCAGCCUUCUGCGGACAAGGGGCGUUCCGCUGCGCGAACUUACCAGUGAGCAGGAUGCACAGCUUUUUGAUGUCUGCACCACUGACAUGCCUGGCUGCGAGUUCACGAAUCUUAUUACAUCUCCGCCAGCCUCUCCCGACCGGUCAGCACUGACAGCAGAAGAGUUUAGCACACUUCAAGCAUCAAUCAAAGAACUGACCCAAAAAACCAAGAAGCUUACGCGCGCGUUGGCUACGAAUCAACAGAGAGCAAGCUUGGCUGCAGAAAGCGCUGAUAGCACAACUACAGCCGUGCAGAAGAUGCAAAGUGUAAUUCAUACUACCAUAGAGCUCCCGCUGAAUGAAGCAAGGAAGCGGCUAAGUAUUCUUCUGGAGCAAGAAAAGAACUACCUAGAGCAGAAGAACUAUAUGUAUGAUCAUAACUUGACAAAGUUCUUACGGCAGGUGCAAUCGGAAAAGCGAGAAGUCUUCGAAUCCUGCCAGCGUGCGCUUGAGACCUGGCUGAGCGGCUACAACGAGAACGAGGCAAAGCUGAUCUUCAAUGUGGAAAAGCUGCCGCUGGGGGAGUUUGCGGUCUCGCUUGGCCUGCUGAAGCUCCCCAACCACAACAUACUUCGCAGAAAGCAUAUAAACUUCAAGUCGGUGGACAUAGAUGUGAGCAAGAUAGUCUAUUCUAAUCCAAAAAGAGAGGAGAGCAGGCAGGUCCAGUUAGACAUAUCCACCAGAAAGAAAGAGGCCCGGGAGCAGAUGCGUCAGGAGCGUGAACUAUCGAGACACAAGGAGGGAAGCAACGAGAUCACGGAGGCAAUUCGGACAAGCCUGACACAGCAUGCGCUGUCACACGGAAAUCGCGUUCCUGCACAGUUUUCUGGAGAGGCCCGUUUGCUUAGUUUACUCAAGGGCGGAAAGAUAACUGAGGACGAGUUUGACGAGAUGAUCGACGACUUGGCGCUUAGCGGCGGAAAGAUGAGCAAGAACCCAGCUAAGAUCCGGAAGUGGCGCCGCUGA